AUGAAAAAGAUUGAACCAAGAGCUGAGGCGAGAUAUGUAUUUAAUAUAGGGGCCUGCCUCGUCUCCAAGGACGGCAAGAUCCUCGGUCGCGGACACAACAUGCGCGUGCAGAAGGGGAGCGCCACUUUACAUGGCGAAAUCUCCGCGCUCGAAAACUCGGGCCGUCUGCCGGCUUCCGCCUACGCGGGCGCCACGAUGUACACGACCCUCUCGCCCUGCGACAUGUGCACGGGCGCGUGCAUCCUCUACAAGAUCGCGCGGGUGGUCAUCGGCGAGAACAAGACGUUCGUCGGCGGCGAGGAGUACCUUAAAGCGCGGGGCGUGGAGGUCGUGGUGCUGGAGAACAGCGAGUGCGUGGAGCUGAUGACGAGGUUCAUCGAGGAGAAGCCGGGUGUUUGGAACGAGGAUAUCGGGGAGCAAUGA